AUGCUAUCAGAAGCAUGCGAUAUUGAAGUUCGAUUACGAUCUGAAACUAAAAAACCUUUCCAAUUUCUUAUCUCAGUUGAAGCAGCUAAAUAUCAUAGUAAACGUAUAACCUUUAAUGCAUUAACAGGAAAAAAUCAAAAUCAGACUAAUAAUUAUAUAUUUCAUAUCCAAGGUUCACAAUGUCACAAAAAAAACUGGCAUUUCAUUGUAUGGAAGCAAAUCGAGGACAGUUCUUCAAGUAAGGCAGUAUGGGAAAUUUCCGACCACGUAAAAGUGAAACUGGAAAGCCUUCCGUUUGAAAGUCUUCCAAGUCCAUUUAAUUAUCAGCCAUCAGUUAAUGUAAGUGUGAAAGAUGAUCUCAAAUUGCAUUUUGGCUCAAGAUUUGGUAUUAUUUCUUGUCAGUUUUGUGUAUGA